GAGGUGCAAGAAAGAGUUGUGUUUUAUGUUUCUCAUGAUCCUUGGAUUAUUUAUUUAUUUUCAGCACAGGUACAGAGUUAAACAUUUUUGGUGUAGCCAUUAUAUAUCAUGCAAACUAAAAAGGUUUCCGGAGAAGCAUAGGAAGUUGACGAACCAUUUUCUGUCUUGAUGCGCUUUGCAAUCAUCUGGUUGUCGGUGUUCCAACCAAGGCCGGCCUUCGCUUUCCCGCGUAUAUUCCUCAGCAUAUUAUCACAGAUAUCCCACGAAUCAUUCUCACUAUACAGUGUUCUAGAGCGAGAACAUGGGUUCUAGACAGGGUGUGACAGCAUUUUACAAACUCUUUUACAAAAUUACCAUUGGUUGAGCUCUCUUUCUCCACUCUCGUGCCGCAAUGCCCUCUUUUUUUUCUACAAUAAACAACCCAUUUGCGUUUCUGCAUUUUCUCAUUCAUAAUCAUAAUCAUAAUCAUAAUCAUAAUCAUAAUCACCCACUGCUUCAACAAUACCCAUCUUUGAAUUCAAGACUACCCAGUUGUGGAUUUUCAAGAAAUGUCGUCGUCCAUGGAGAAUAAUCCUCUUCCUCUAAUGCCCGGUCGUGUUGUUAUUGCUUAUGAUGCCACCAAGGACCGCAAUGAAAGAGAGCUUAAACGCACUGUUGAUAAUAUCCGAUAUAGAGGUGACAUUCUUCAUGGAGGUGAUACACUCAUGCUGCUUGGAGUUCUGCAUAGGCUCCCACACCCCAUGGGUUACCAAAUGGAAGCAUCCCCUAUUUCUUUUUUGGGAACAAACAUGAGUGCAAUGAAAGACGAAGUUUCAAAAAAGACUGAUAUGUAUGUGAACAUGCUCCAACAAAGUGCUGAAGAAUGCAAAAAAGAAAGGGUUGACAUUGAAGUCAUGAUUACUGCUGGAACUCCAACCAAGAAGGUAGUUUUACAAGAGGUUACAGCUUGUAAUGCAACUUGGGUUGUACUUGAUAGGCACCUCAGGCGGGAUUUGAGGUUUUACCUCAAACAUAUACCUUCCAAAGUGGCAAUAAUUCAUGAUAACUUGUUUGUGGAAGUUUUGAGACCUUAUACAACUACUGAUACGGACAAUGUGGAACAUAGGGUGGUCUAUUCUAUCGCUAAGCCCGUUCCUUUGUUGGCUGUUCAAGAUAACGAGAACAAUGAGCGAUCUAUUAUCUCUUGCGGAAGUUGUCCUGCAUCCAUGACUUCCAUGGAAAGUUCUGAUAUGCUUAAGAACAGCUUGGCAUCUUCAUUUGCACACAGGUCACGGGAGCAUAGCUUUUCAUCUGGUGAUUUUGGCUCUACUUCAAAGCAAGAGAAAUCAGGUGGGAACAUGAAAGUGGAAAAUAAGUUUGCUACUCCACCAAUCAUUCAUAAACUACAUAAAAGUCCUGCCCAGCAGCAAUCCUCUGAUGCACCUGUUCUUUGUACUGCUUGUGGGAUGAAGACUGAGAUGUAUAUCAAGGAGUCCAUGAGAUUUAGUUUUUCUGAGAUACAGCUUGCAACAAAUGAUUUUUCUGCUGAGAAUUUGUUAGGAGAAGGUGGAUAUGGUUUUGUGUAUAAAGGAGAGCUUAAAGAUGGCCAGUUUAUUGCUGCAAAGGUGCGGAAAGAAGCAAGUACACAGGGAUUCACAGAAUUUCAUUCUGAAGUAUAUGUUUUAAGCUUCGCUCGUCAUAAGAACAUUGUGAUGCUGCUUGGUUAUUGUUGCAAGGAAAAUCUUAACAUACUGGUGUAUGAGUUUAUCUGCAAUAAGUCUCUUAAGUGGCAUCUAUUUGAUAAGACAGAAGAUGUUCUUGAGUGGCACCAAAGACAUGCUAUUGCCAUUGGAACUGCAAAAGGCCUGCGUUUUCUACAUGAAGAGUGCCGUGGAGGUCCUAUAAUUCAUCGGGACAUGCGACCAAGCAAUAUACUAAUCACGCAUGACUUUGUUCCUUUGGUAAAUUACUAAUUUGAAUACGACAUUUUUUUUCUAUAUAUUUUUUUCCUUUUGAGUUGCAUAAUCUCUGCCGAUACUUCAAAAGGUUUAAAUGCAUUUACUAGGAAGGGCAAGAUUUACGCAGCCUUAUCCCCAU